AUGUCGGCCCCUGAAAACCAAGACCUUGUUGAAGAAAUUGAAGCAGUAAACGCCAUCUAUGAACCGGACACAGUAACAAUUACGCGCGCCUCCGGCAUAUCCAAGAACACUCUCGACCUAGGCAGUUCCGCGCAAUCCACCGACAAUGCACACACUACAGUGAACCUCCAAAUCCCCGGCCAACCCCAUCUUUCCUUUCGAAUCGGGUUCGAGGCAUCAUACCCAGAAUCCAGACCUACAGUGCUAGGAACUGCAUCAACCGCCGCGCGCGGAGAGGGCAAGAUCGCAAUUGAUGUUUUGGAAGAUAUCGUCCAGCGAACAUGGCAGCCCGGUGCGGUAUGUCUGUUCGAUGUGAUCAGUGAAGCUAUGGAGGUGUUUCCUGAAUUGAGUAUUGGCGGAGGGGGUAAGGACGAGGCUGGUGAACCAGAUGAUACGUCAACACAAGCGCAAGCCCAAAAUGGCGCGUCGACAACUGAUGACAUGACGGCGGAAUGCUUUGAGGCUUUGUCGCUGCGCGAUGCGUUUGGUCUUGAUAGCCCGCCUGACUGGAUCCUUUCGGAUAUUGUUACGGAGAAGAAGUCUGUGUUCGUGGGCCGUGUGGCGCGGGUUCAGAGUCUGGCGCAGGCGCAAGCUUACCUUGAUCAUCUUACUGCUACUGAUCGGAAGGUCGCUGCUGCGACGCAUAACAUCAGUGCGUGGCGGAUCCGUCAGAAGAAGACUGAAGGAAAUGGAGAGGAGGGAGAGACGAUUGUUCAGGAUUAUGACGAUGAUGGGGAGACAGCUGCUGGAGGGCGGUUAUUGCAUGUAAUGCAAUUAAUGGAUGUAUGGAAUGUGGUCGUUGUUGUUACGCGAUGGUAUGGUGGAAUUCAUCUUGGCCCGGCGCGGUUCCGGCUCAUCAAUGAUGUUGGUCGUGAUGCGUUGGUCAAGGGCGGGUUCACGAAGGAGGAAGGAAAUGCUCCUGAGAAAGGAAAGAAGAAGGGCAGGAAAUGA